UCACAUUUGUCAGGGGAUAGAAGGGGCGUGCAAUAUUUGGUGAAAACACACGUGAAAGUGUGGAAAGAAUUUAAUCAUGCUUAUAGUUGGAUUUGUGGUCAUGUGGUGUCCAAUAAUAUUUGUCUUGUUAUAUCUGAUCUUCAAUUAUAUGAUACGAGGAAAGAAUUCCGUAUGUAUUGUUGUUCUGGGAGACAUAGGACGCAGUCCCCGCAUGCAGUACCAUGCAUCAUCGUUUGGGGCGGAAGGGUUUGUCGUGGAUAUAGUAGGUUACGGAGGUUCAACUCCACAUUCUGCUGUAAGAAAUUCAGAAGGGAUUACAAUUCAUGAGCUAUGGGAGCCACCAGCAUUCCUAAAGACUGUGCCUCGUUUACUGGGUUAUAUUGUUAAAGUCUUCUUCCAAAGCUGUACCCUUGGUAUAAAGUUAUUACUUCUUCCCAAGUCUGGAUUAAUAUUCCUACAGAAUCCACCUUCCAUUCCUACAAUGGCAGUGUGCUGGGUUGUUUGUUUAAUGAGGGGAAGUAAGCUACUUAUUGAUUGGCAUAACUAUGGCUACACAAUCCUCAGUCUGUCUUUGGGAAAUAUUCAUCCACUGGUCAAAUUUUCCAAAUGGUAUGAACAUGCAUUUGGAAGGAUGUCACACUUAAACAUCUGUGUAACAAAUGCGAUGAAGCAAGAUUUGGAAGAAAACUGGAAAAUUAAAGCUGAGACACUGUAUGACAGACCAGCAGAUAUGUUCCAAUGUACUUCACUUCCAGAAGCUCACAAUCUGUUCUUAAAACUCUCACAGCAAUAUGAAGUGUUCACUAACAGGGAUUUACAUAACAGCACAGUCUUUACAACACAAACAGAGGAUGGAAAGGUGGCAUGUCUGAAGGACAGACCAGCACUAAUUAUAAGCAGCACCAGCUGGACAGAAGAUGAAGAUUUUGGAAUCCUUUUAUCAGCAUUAACAGAGUAUGAUGAAGACCAGAAGAAAGACUGCUCUCUUCCACAGUUAAUUUGUGUGAUUACAGGUAAAGGACCACAGAAAGAAUUUUACAGAACCAAAAUAGAAAAUCAUAAGUGGAAUGGUGUGAAGUUUUGUCUGCCUUGGUUGGAAGCACAGGAUUAUCCUAAACUUUUAGGAGCUGCUGACCUAGGAAUCUGUCUCCAUGCUUCCUCAAGUGGCCUUGACCUUCCAAUGAAGGUCGUGGAUAUGUUUGGCUGUGGUAUCCCAGUCUGUGCUCUCAGAUUCAAUUGCAUAUCUGAAUUGGUGAAAGAUGGACAGAAUGGGUUACUCUUUCAGGAUUCACAAGAGCUCUGUCAACAACUUAAGACUUUAAUGGUGGAUUAUAAAGGAGGAAAAACAAAGUUGUCACAGAUGAAAUGUAACUUGGAAAAAUUUCAAAAGCUUCGGUGGCAUGAAUCUUGGAAAAAUGUUGUAUUGCGAUUGUUAGAGCAUUAAAUAAAAUCCGAUUGAGUGUA